AUGCCAUUCGACAAGCCCCAAGAGAAGCGGCCGAACAAGAUCAAGCUCUUGUUCACGCCGAAGCCCAAGGACGCGAAUGGUGACGUCGAUGGGGCCGACGAUGGGGCCGACGAUGGGGCCUACGACGGGGCCGCUGGCGAGGGUAGCAGCAGCAGCAGCGACAGUAGCAGCGGUUGCUAUGAGUUCGGCAGCGAGUCGACUGGGUCUCCCGCCCCUGGGGGCCCCGAGUGCAUGACCGAUGACGACAGGGGCGUGCAGGCGGCGCGGCUAGAGAUGCUUCGGGAGGCCGGAUCGCUGCAACAUGACAAGAAGAAAGUGCAGUUCUGCAGCAUGACGCGCUGUGCCCAGACUGACUUCGAGCGCUCCCCAGAGUAUUUCGAAGAGCCCCUGGCGGAGCUCCUGGAGGAAUGCAAGACCAAGUCGGGGCGCGCCGCGGCGGCCGGUCCAUCCGCCCCGAGCAGCAGCACGAACUGGGCUAGCCACCUGGACGAACACAACAUCCACCGCUUUGACGUGGCGCAGGGCCGCGACGGCGAGGUGUACGACAGGGCGCUGCGCGAGGUGCUGGCGGGCGGCAAGGAGACGCACUGGAUGUGGUUCGUGUUCCCGCAGCUGGCGGGCGCGGGCGGCGUGGACCCAGCUUCCUGCAGCCACACGGCGCGGUUCUACCACGUGCGCUGCCUGGCCGAGGCGCGCGCGCUGCUCGACCACCCGCGGCUCGGCUGGCGGCUGCGGCGCAUGGCGGCCGCGGUGCUGGCGGCCGCGCCGGCGGUUGGCUACAACCCUAAGAGGUUGAUGGGCGGAGUCGUGGACGCCGCCAAGCUGCAGAGCUCUAUGACGUUGUUUGGGGUAGUGGCUGAGGACACGACGGUGUUUCAGCAGGUGCUGGACGACAUGUUUGAUGGGAUGUCGGACGACUCUACGCUGCAGCUUGUAAACGCGGAGCUGAACCGCUCAGGAUAGGUUGGUGGCGAGGUUCGGUCCUUGUGCUACCUACCUACCAUGGCUUGUCGUCUCAUGUAUUUCCCAUCAACGCCACUGCUUGUCUUUUUUUGAUAGCAUCAGCUUUUUGUUUUCUCGGCAGGGACUAGAUUGUAAUAUCUGGGCAGUUAAUACUGCCUUUCUUUGAAUAAACAGCCAGC